AUGAUCUCUCUCCACCUCCUCGCUUCAGCCCUCCUGGCUGCCAGCGCUCAAGCCGCUACUGGCUACAUCGACCUCAGCGCUUCGGGCGGGGUUCCCGAUGGCAAGGCUUCUGGUAUUCUCUAUGGGGUACCCAACGGACCCGCUUAUACCCCGAAUCCGGUUCCCGCUGUCCCGUGGAACCUCUUCAAAGGCGCCGGUAUCAACCUGAUGCGAGCGGGAGGCGCCCAAGUCCCGGCUCCUGGAUGGUCUUCGGGUGACAUCAAGAAUUAUGAACAGCGGUUCGAGUCGGCCAAACAGAACUAUUUCGAUACGAUGGCCAACGGGGUCAAGACCUUUGUCUUGCUGCCACAUGACAUGUGGGGAGCCGACUCGGUCACCAAGACCCCCGUCUACCCAUGUGAUAACGGAGACUGUACUUACUAUGGUCAAUUUUUGGAUCGCGUCAUUGCCGAUCUCAAGGCCAACAACAUGUUGAAGGGCAUGCAGAUCGACGUCUGGAACGAGCCGGACGUCCCCCUCUUCUGGGACCGAUCUCAAGACCAAUACUUCCAGAUGUGGGACUACGCCUUCCAGAAAUACCGUACCGCCUUCCCCUCCUCUUCGGGCGUGACCAUCUCCGGACCCGCUUACACCGGUCCUCCUAACGAGGGUAACUCUUGGUGGACCAAGUGGGCGGACCAUAUGAAGAACAAGCCGGCCGUCUACCCGGACGUGAUCACCUAUCACCAAUUGCUCGGUCGACAAGAUUCCUUCAAUGAUCCGUUUGAGUCUAAGAGGGUCUUGGAUAUCAUCCAGAGCAAGAACAACCUGCCUCGAAAGCUGGUUCAGGUCAAUGAAUACGCCGGCUCGGACGAGCAGAGUCCCGCCUACUCUGCCUGGUUCAUCGGUAGAUUCGAGCGUACCGGACAGCAAGGUCUUCGAGCCAACUGGGGCUACGGCCGAAACUUGCACAACGACUUUGCCCGUCUCGUCGCAGGUGUCGAAGCCGGUUCACCUUACACCCUCGGGGACUGGCACGUGUACAACUACUACACCCAAGUGCAAAAAGGAUCCAUCACCAGGGCCGGUGCGGACGACGUCCUCUGGGACCUGUUCGUCACCCAAAACCGCGGAGCCAAGCAGGUCAACGCUCUCGUCGGUUCUCGUGGCCAAGGUACCCCUUGGAACUCGCCCGAUUUCCCCAUAACCAUGUCUUCGGUCAGUACCGUCUUUGGCGCGGCUACCAAGGUUCGGGCCGUGAUCAAGGAGAUCCCGUUCAACAACGCCGGACGGGUCGAUGCCCCUACUGUGGUCAGUAACGCCACUUAUAACGUCGUCAACAACCGGGUCGUCUUGCCCAUCUACAGUCGAGUCGACAACGCCUACACUAUUGACGUGUACGCUGCUUAGUCUCGAGAGCUGACUUUCGCUCGCAGAGCGCAAGCGAAUGGUUGAUGCGUUCAAUAAGCGUGAGACAGACAAAAGGAAACCCGGCUCAUAUACGAAACCGUCGGGACGAAAUGUGGUGUUUGGAAAACAAGGCAAUCUCCUUAGUUUGGAAAUAAUGUUGAAUAACUGAGACAAUCACCAAUCACAAAG